AUGGAUACUAAUCAACCUGUACAACUCUCAGCUGAACCACAGCCAACACCUUCAGGAGACAGUUCCUCAUCAUUAGCCAGUCAAAAUGGCCUGGAAACGCCAAACGGCCAGGAGUCCUCCACUCCACACCCAACAGCACACAAAGAGGCAAGUGUGGUGCAGCCUGAAAAGGGAGCUCAUGAUAUCUCUGAUGAAUUGAAUCGACAACUGGAAGACAUCAUAAACACGUACGGAUCAGCUGAGGGUACAGCAGGGAAAGAGGGUGCUGCUAAAGCCAAGGAGCAGCCUGAGAAUGAAGAAUCGCCCAACAAUGAGGAUGGGGACUGUGAGGAGAUGACUGAAGAGCCUGAAAGAGAGCCAUGUGCAGCCAAAGAGCCUGUCAACAAUAAAGAGCAGAAACUGGAAAAGAAAAUUCUUAAAGGAUUAGGAAAAGAAGCCAACCUUCUAAUGCAAACUCUGAACAAGUUGCAUACCCCUGAAGAAAAACUGGAUUUUUUAUUCAAGAAGUAUGCUGAAUUGCUAGAGGAACAUCGUACUGAGCAAAAGAAGUUAAAGCUCCUACAAAAGAAACAGGUGCAAGUCCAAAAAGAAAAGGACCAGUUGCAAAGUGAGCACAGCAGAGCUAUCCUUGCUCGCAGCAAAUUGGAGAGUCUGUGCCGGGAGCUGCAGAGACACAACAAGACUCUGAAGGAGGAAACCCUACAGAGGGCGCGCGAUGAGGAGGAGAAAAGGAAGGAGAUCACCAGCCAUUUCCAGAGCACCCUGACGGACAUCCAGACCCAGAUUGAGCAGCAGAGUGAUAGGAAUAUGAAGCUGUGUCAAGAGAACACGGAGCUCGCCGAGAAGCUGAAGAGCAUCAUCGAUCAGUAUGAGCUCCGAGAGGAGCAUCUGGACAAAAUAUUUAAGCACAGAGAACUGCAGCAGAAGCUGGUGGAUGCCAAACUUGAGCAGGCGCAAGAGAUGAUGAAGGAAGCAGAGGAGCGUCACAAUCGCGAGAAGGAAUAUCUCCUGAACCAGGCAGCAGAGUGGAAGCUGCAGGCCAAGGUGCUAAAGGAGCAAGAGACUGUCCUACAGGCUCAGCUUGCUCUCUACUCUGGAAGGUUUGAAGAGUUCCAGAGCACUCUGACAAAAAGCAAUGAGGUGUUUGCCACUUUCAAACAGGAAAUGGAUAAAACGACUAAGAAAAUGAAGAAGCUAGAAAAGGACACAGCUACAUGGAAAGCCCGCUUUGAGAACUGUAACAAAGCUCUCUUGGACAUGAUUGAAGAGAAAGCACUGAGAGCAAAAGAAUACGAGUGCUUUGUGAUGAAAAUUGGGAGGCUGGAGAAUCUGUGUCGAGCUUUGCAAGAAGAGAGAAAUGAACUCUACAAAAAAAUAAGAGAAGAGAAAAUGCUUGACAAGGAAGACCAAAGUCAGCAUACCUCCAAUGAAGACACAGAAUCAAGUGUGUCAGUCACUGAAGAGGUUGACGCUGAGGAGAUCAGGAGUGUCCAAGAGGCUGUGAAAAGUCUGGCCGCAGCCUUCAUGGUAAUCCAUCAUCCACAGGCCCCCAACGACAGCCCAUCCGAAGCAAGCAGGGAUGCCAUCCCCGAGGAGCCUGAGCAACCCUCGCUGUUCCUUUCACUUGAAUCAAAGAGUCUCCUACCUCCCCCAACUCCUCAGGCCAAGGCCGAAGGAGGCAAAGAGACUGAACUUUUCCCCAAGACCAUUGACCCCCAAGCUGGGUUGGGAGCAGAGGCCUGUGGGGAGGGCCUUCCUGAAGGAAAGGAGGCUGGUCAGCAACCUCAAAAGCCAGAAGCAGAAACUGCUAGUCAGACCUCACUUCCCCUAGUCCAGGCCUCCCUGCCAGUGAUGGAGGUAAACGGUUCUGAUCCAGCACCCCUGGCAAGUGAGGAAGUUUUAGCUGAGGGCCCUGGAUGUGAGCCCAGUAGGCAGUCCCCAACAUCAGCAUCUGGGGGGUUACCAGCAGGGUCUUCAGGUGGGCCACAGCUGCCCAAAGUGGCUGACACCACCCUAGAGGGUGUAGACUAG